GGGACUUCCGGGGCGGCGGUUGCAUCAGAUUCUGGCAAGCUGUCGCCGCACCCGAGGGUCCGCGAUUCCUAGGAUGGCAGGUUGUUCCGGGGAGCACACUCCCGACUACAGGUCCAUCCUGAGCAUUAGUGACGAGGCAGCCAGAGUGCAGGCCCUGAACGAGCACCUCAGCACGCGUAGCUAUGUGCAGGGGCACUCGCUGUCCCAGGCAGACGUGGACGUGUUCAGUCAGCUCGCGGCCCCUCCCGCUGAUGCUCGGCUCUUCCAUGUGGCUCGCUGGUUCAGGCACAUAGAAGCGAUCCUGGGCGGCCCCUGCAGCAGAGGCGAGCCCUGUGGGCUCCAAGCAAGUAAAGGCCGGCGGGUGCAGCCUCAGUGGUCUCCUCCUGCCGGGUCCGAGCCGUGCAGGCUCCGCCUUUACAACAGCCUCACCCGGAACAAGGACGUGUUUAUACCUCAAAGUGGGAAGAAGGUGACGUGGUACUGCUGUGGGCCAACCGUCUACGACGCCUCUCACAUGGGGCACGCCAGGUCCCAUAUCUCUUUCGACAUCCUGAGACGAGUGCUGAGGGAUUACUUCAAAUUCGACGUCUUCUACUGCAUGAACAUCACAGACAUUGACGAUAAGAUCAUCAAGAGGGCCCGGCAGAACUACUUGUUUGAGCAGUACCGGGAGAAGAGGCCCCAGGCAGCGCAGCUCCUGGAGGAUGUUCACGCCGCCCUGAAGCCGUUUUCGGUAAAACUCAGUGAGACCACGGAUCCCGACAAAAAGCAGAUGCUUGAACGCAUUCAGCACGCGGUGAAGCUAGCCGCAGAACCGCUGGAGGAAGCUGUGCGGCGUGACCUCGCUGGAGAGGAAGAGCUCAGCAGCCACGUGGAGGUCUUGUUGGACGAAGCAAAGGAUUUGCUUUCUGACUGGCUGGAUUCCACACACGGCAGUGAGGUGACUGACAAUUCCAUUUUCUCCAAACUGCCCAAGUUCUGGGAAGAGGAAUUCCACAAAGACAUGGAAGCCCUGAACGUUCUCCCUCCAGACGUCUUAACACGGGUUAGUGAGUACGUGCCAGAGAUCGUGAACUUUGUCCAGAAGAUCGUGGACAACGGUUACGGCUAUGCUUCAGACGGGUCUGUGUACUUUGACACGGUGAAGUUUGCUUCUAGUGAGAAACACUCCUACGGGAAGCUGGUGCCCGAGGCUGUUGGGGAUCAGAGAGCCCUGCAGGAAGGGGAAGUCUUAGGAAUCUGGGAUGGGAACAUUCUCCCUUUUGUCAAGCACUUGCAUGUCAUAGCGUGAAGCCAAACAGAGUUCAGAGGAGAGGCUGCCCCUUUGGGAUCUGGUGAGGCUUUUUUAGAAGCUUGAUUUCCUGCUUUUCUUUUAAUUAAAGUUUAAAUUUAAUGAAAAUUUUUAAUUUUUGCUAUAAAGUCCGAACAACUUCUUGCAACAGUGUAAUGGGUCCUAAAUCUACUGCUUGUGAGUGUUACUCCCUAAAGAAAGGUCGUAAACAGUCUCUUACAUGCCUCGGUUUCUCCCUCGGGCAGUCUAGAACCUCUGUGGGGGCCAGAGUGCGGGUGACCAACCCUUGCAUGUGCUUCCCGGACGAACCAUGAUUAGUUAAUGAGAAUGAUGGUGGAAUUCCCUAGGGGCCGCUGCACGUCAUGAGGCAUUCUAUCCUCCAGCACACUCCGUGAGGUCCUCAGUCACCCGACAACGCCAUUUGGCCGGGAGGAGCAGUGGCCCUUCUCUUCAGAGCUGAACACGUUCACUCUCUCAUUUCUCUAUCAAGCAGUUUGUUCACACUUUAUAAACACAAUUCUUUUCCAUUUAAAGCCAAAUUAAACAGGUCAGCCUGCCCCAUUCACUCCAAAGUUCUCCCUUGGCUCCCCUGGCCUGGGCAUUCCCCCGAGGUUCCUCUUACCGAGGGUGUGUGCUGGGGCCCCCUUGUGACUCUUAGUCUUAAGGUUAGAAACAGCUCAUAUAAACUCUGGACCGUCGACUUAAAAUAAGGAGGCCUGGGUUUCAGGAGA